AUGGCAGUGGCACGAGAUACCUUCAACCGCCGAUCUCUUGGCCCCUCGCUGAACGCGCAUGUCAAGGAGGCCCGAGUUCUCAUGGUUGGCGCAGGCGGAAUCGGCUGUGAACUGUUAAAAAAUCUCGCUCUCACCGGCUUCGGCGAAAUUCACAUCGUCGACCUCGACACAAUCGACUUGAGUAAUCUGAACCGACAGUUCCUUUUCCGACACGAACAUAUCGGGAAAUCCAAAGCACUGGUAGCCAAGGAGGCGGCAGCAGUAUUCAACCCGAACGUCAAGAUUGUCGCGCACCACGCCAAUAUUAAGGACGUACAAUUUCACGUCGAAUGGUUUAGAGGGUUUAAAGUAGUGUUUAAUGCGUUGGACAACCUCGAGGCGCGACGUCAUGUGAAUCGAAUGUGUUUAGCGGCUGACGUCCCUCUAAUCGAGAGCGGAACGACAGGUUUUAAUGGUCAAGUUCAAGUCAUCAAAAAAGGUGCUACAGCUUGUUAUGACUGCACCACAAAGGAAGCGCCUAAGACCUUCCCCGUUUGCACGAUUCGAAGCACGCCGAGUCAACCUAUCCACUGUAUAGUUUGGGGUAAGAGUUACUUACUCAACGAAAUCUACGGUACAAGCGAGGACCAAGCUUCCCUCGAUCUCGGCGAGAACGAAGAUAACGCAUCGGAAAUCGCAGAGCUCAAAAAAGAGGCAGAAGCAUUAAGGAAGAUAAGAGAAUCGGUUGGCACGGAGCAGUUUGCGGAAAUGUUAUUCGACAAGGUUUUCAAUGCGGACAUUGUUCGCUUACGCUCUAUGAAGGAUAUGUGGAAGUCGAGAGAACCACCCAAGCCUCUAGAAUACAAGACGUUGAUGAGCCAAGCAGCCGAGGCCCUCUCAUCGAAAGACCAGAUCCUCAAGGAUGAUCAGCGCAUAUGGACUUUGGAGGAAAAUUUGAUAGUCUUCAACGAUAGCUUAGACCGCUUAAGUAAGCGAAUGCUAGAGCUACUGGCGAUACGUAGUGAGGACUCUCCAAAGCCUACUAUCACUUUUGAUAAAGAUGAUCAGGACACACUCGAUUUCGUUGCUGCUAGCGCGAACAUUCGAUCGCAUAUCUUCGGAAUAGAAGCUAAGUCACGUUUCGAUAUAAAACAGAUGGCUGGCAACAUUAUUCCCGCUAUCGCGACCACAAAUGCGAUCGUUGCUGGCCUUUCCGUCCUUGAGUCAUUCAAAGUUCUUCGAGGGGAAUAUGACAAGGCACGAGAGGUAUUCUUGACACCUUUUGCGCCUCAGAGGUUACUAGGGACAGAUCGUCCUCGACUACCAAACCCAGAAUGCCCAGUUUGCGGCGCCUACAACGCUAAUAUUAAUGUUGAUCUAUCAAAAGCGACGCUUAACAAUCUAGUAGAAUUUAUUAAACAACAACUAGGUUACGGCGAAAAGGAAUUUGCCGUUAAUAGUGAUGCUGGCUUGCUAUAUGAUCCUGACGAGACGGAUAAUCUUGAUAAAAAUCUUAACGAACUCGGUGUCAAGCAAAAUAGCUUUGUCACCAUCGUAGAUGAGGAUGAUGACGAUACCUUCAUCAACGUGGUCAUUAAUAUUCAGGAAGCCAAGCUUGCGGAUAAACCCAUUGAAGGUCUCCAAGUCGACCAAACACCUAGCAUCCCUCGUCGACCGAAGAAGGUGCUUACUAUUCAAAGCAACGGGAUUAGCCAGACUAAUGGCAAGCGUGCUGCCGAUGGAGAGCCUAAGGACCCCAAGAAGCGUUUAAUAACGGAAGAUGGAGCAUCUCCAGCAGCCAAGAAGGUGAAGAAUGACGAUGACGUGGUCAUUAUUGACGAUGACGCUGGUACCGGCGCGAUAGAAAUCAUCGAUUGA